UGAAACAAUUAGUAUUGUAUGUACUUAAUUGCUUGUAUCGUAAUAUAAAAAUAGCCAGGCAGCUAAGUACCUAAUUGCAUUAAUAUUAUCAUAAUACAUCGGAGUUAAGAUACUAGCUCUGUUUGAAAAAGAAAAUAAUACGGAAUUUCGGUGGAUACUUGGGUAUCUAAUCCUGUACGAGGUAAAACUUAGGUUAUAGAUGAGAUGGUUAAGGACAAUUUAAAAAACUAUUGAGUAUUGAUCACAGUAAAAGUUGAAAGCGACGUAUAGUGCGCGGAUGCGCGUGCGGUGUGCGGAGUAUUGAACCGUGGACAUGGAAGAUUCAAGAUCGCCAGGAGUUAUAAUAGUGGGUGCAGGAGCAGCCGGUAUUGCCACAGCAACCCGUUUAUUACGAAAUGACUUUUCGAAUUUUAUCAUUUUGGAAGCUCAAGAUAGAAUCGGUGGAAGAGUUUUCAGCAAAAAAUUUGGGAAUGGUAUGGUAGAUUUAGGAGCCCAAUGGUGUCAUGGAGAAGAAAGAAAUAUAGUCUAUGAUUUGAUAAAAGAUUACGACGUAUUAAAGCACGAUUCGUCACAGUUUUUGCCGUUUCAGUUACAAUAUUCUCAAACACAUUUCAAAGGAAUUAACGAGUCGGUUAACGCAGAAUUGACCGAAUUAUUUUUUCAAAUAUACGAACAGGCUCAGGAUACUGUGGAAAUAACUAGUAUGGGUGAUUAUUUUUCGAAAUAUUAUGUUGAGGCUGUUGAGACUAAAUACCACGACAAUCAGUCAUUGAAGCAGUUUGCGCUUAAUGCCGAGGUAUUCUUUCUUCACAUGAUAGCCAGCCUUGAAGGAACUCUAUCUGUGUACGACGUUUCGACAGGCUGCUCUUACGAAGAGUGCAAGGGUGACCAAAUGUUAACUUGGAACGGUAAAGGUUUCCAAACCAUUCUGGACGUGUUAAUGAACAAAUUUCCUAAUCCUGACAAUCCUUUGCCCAUCGGCGACAAAAUCCUCUUUGAAAAAGAAGUCGAGAAUAUACAAUGGAGAAAUGAUAACAAAGAUGGAUCAGUUGUAGUUAAAUGUGCUGAUGGAAGUGUUUAUGGAGGUCAGUAUGUUGUUGUGACGCCGUCGGUUGGGGUACUUAAGGCAAAGGUUGACGAAAUGUUUACACCUCCCUUACCGAUUGACAAAAGACGAGCCGUUGAAGAUAUUGGUUUUGGGGCAAUUAUGAAAGUGUUUUUAUUAUAUGAAGAACGAUGGUGGUCUGACAAUUUCAAAGGUUGUGGUUUUGUAUGGAGUGAAGAAGAUCGUGAAGUUUUGAGAAAUAAGGGAGAUAUUUGGAUUAUGGAUAUUUUCUAUUUAUUCAUUUUGGAAAGUAAUCCGAAUGUCCUGUGCUUUUUUGUUUCACACGAUAAUGUCCCAAGUAUAGAGCAGAAAACGGACGAAGAAGUGCUUUCCGGAAUAAAUUUCCUUAUUGAAAAAUUUUUAGGCGACAAGUAUACACCGACGACUCCUAGUGAAAUUUUACGGUCCAAAUGGCGUUCAAAUCCCUACUUUAGAGGCACUUACUCCUAUCAAUCAUUAAAAUCUCAUACCAGUCGAACUCUAAUCAACGAAACGUUAGCUGCACCUAUUUGUGACAAUAAUAGCAAGCCCGUAGUACUCUUUGCUGGGGAAGCCACUCAUUCCGUUUAUUACGGAACAGUCCAUGGGGCAAUUGAAACAGGAUUUCGAGAAGCUGACAGACUACUAUCACUAAUUAAAUGAAUUUUAUUUGCACAAGAUACAGUGUAUUUCAAAAAUAAAGUGCCAAAAUUAUU